AUGCACGGUACAGAUGUCGCACAUUAUGCAAAUGAGUUUGUUCCUUUCCAAACAUAUUUGCUAUUGGGGGCAUUUGUCUCCGAGUCGAUCAAGGAGUAUGGAAUUCCUCUUCAUCAAUUCAGCUGGACAAUUGAUAAGGGCACAAUUGUUGAACCAAUAGAUAAAGUCAUACCCCCUGAACCACCAUUGCUGCCACCAACGCUGCUAAAAACUACAUCGUUUGACAGUUUCGAUUAUCAAACUAUAGGCUUUGAAGUCGGUACUUCUCAAAAUAUAUUUACAAUUGAUCCUCCAUACCUACAAGCUAUCGCAUUAAAGACAUGGUCUGAUGAAAUAAAAUCGGUUCUCAACACAUACACAACAAAAAGCACCACAGCUAUAGGCUCUCUUUUGUUUGUGCCAUUUGAAGAACACAUAGUGCCUAUUGUCAACAUCCAGCAACAAUCUUUGGAGCAAGUAUUCCACGUGCAAGCUCAAUUGUUAAUAUCCAAUGAAACUCAAAAAUUCUGUGUCUUAGUCUUCUCUGACUACAAGAAAGUAUUUCCAAGGAUUUGGACACAGAGAACAUUCUAUUGUACAACUUGCCGUCGACCAACACAACUCACACCAAGAUGCCAGUUUGAAGUAACCAUCAAGGAUGAUACUGGUUCAACAACAACCAUGAUUUCAGAUAAAAUUGGAGAAGAACUAUUGUCUCUAACUGUAGCAGAAAUUCAAGACAUACGUUGCAUCAAGAAACAACUGUUGUUUGCCAAAAACAAGGAUGCAUCUUCAGCAAAACUGUUUAUCAUGUCAAUCACCGAGAAAGAUAUAGCUAGCAAUCUGCCACUGCCCAUCAACGCACCAAGAACUCCAGAAAGCAGUAAACGCAAGCUGAAGCAAAUCAUGAUAAAAGAAGACUAAAAUAUAUUCUCUCUACACGACUCUCAAUUGCUAUGCAGCAAUAAAUGUUGUUUGUCCUAUUAAUUUUAAAACUAAUGCUUGCAUUUGUUUUUGGAUAUGUUUAUGAUGUUAUAUGUAAAUUCUGGGUUAAAUCUAUAUAGGAAAA